GGGGGAUGGAUGUGUGAUCGCCUGUGGUCAAAACCAACGAAUACGUGAUUUACGGGUUAUGUAUAUAUUUUGUGUGGCGAGCCGAAUGUGAAUGACAUCCUGAAUGAAAUGUAAUCCUGCGGAUACAGGUCCUUCUCUGGAUGGUCGGGUCUAAAACGCGAACGCUGCACUAGUCUGAUGGGUGAUCUACGAUGUCGGGUCCAGCAGUGAUAUGGUGGAUUUUAUGCACAAGUUGGUUGCAUGUCUUGUCAUCAAACGUCUGGUGCACGACAUACCCGCUUAUGUCCAGUGACUACGACCUGACUACAGUGUCUGGGGACAGCGACCUCUCUGUGUCAGGACAAUCACUCACAUACAAUUACUCUCAGACUCCGAUCGAGACGUCCAGUCUAAAAACCAACAGCGAUGAGCCACCAUCGAGCCAUUCUGAUUCCAGUGUGAUUCGUUCAACACAUUUUACAUCCUAUGAAUCUUCACCCGCUGAUUCCAGUGGAAAAUUGGAUAUAGCUGUCACCAACUUUGUGCCAGAUCAAUCAAAGUCGCAUAAACAUGACAAUACGACGACCAAUAUGGACGAAACAAUACAAACCAAAAACCAGGCUGUACAAACAACAUCGGUUAUUGACGUUUAUGAUCCUUCGUCAAGUGAAGCAAAAGACGUCUAUGGGAAAGUCGAACCGUCAACUCCCUUCGUGCUUGGAAGCUCUAGUGCAUCCAGCGGAGCUGAACAAAUCACUUCAUCUGGAGAAGAUGGACCCACAACCCUGUCAGGCAUCGUCCAAUCUGUCAGGACAGAGUCGACCAAGCGCUCCUCGGCCCGUACUGCUAGUGGACACAUGAGGACGACGGUGUAUUCUCCAAGACACUCAACAAGAGCUGAGACGAACACUCCAGCAGCCACACUGUCCAUAAUAAGUGAUCAAACAUCGACAGACGAACCUCUCACAGACACUCUUCUUACUUACAAUUCAUAUAGUGGAGAUUCGUCUUCAACUUCGUUCUCUACUGACCAGUACGGCCUGACAUCAUCUAAGGUGAUACACUCAACACAGAAGAGUGUUCCAGAUUUCAGCGAAUCUGCCGCUACUGCAGACAGGUCGUCACCUAAAGCGACUCAGCAGCCACAAGAUGUGACAACGCUAAAGCCUCCACAAGCUACACCAACAAGACCUGUUACUUCCGUGCCUUUAACUUCAGAGGGUUCGAUGAAGUCAGAAUCCACAGGGACCCAAUUCAUAAGACACCGAUCGACUCCGGCCAGUGGUUCAAAAACUACUGCUGCCCCUACCGAAGUUCCCGCGUCUACAGCACGUGCACAAGACGCGCAGACGUCUUCCGCUGAACCGCCUACAACUGGUCACGUGACAACGAGUCCCCCACCAUUCGUGACGUCUGGUCGUACUGACGACGUGCUUUCAGAUUCAACUACAGCGAUGACUAUUUCGGACACCCCUGGUCCUCGUGCUGCUACAUCAACAUUAAUAACGAUGAUGACUACGACGACGACAGGAACACCGCGACCUGGGACAUCUGCAAAAAAAUACACCGGUUCUCCGACCUCGCAGUUUACAACUGAGAAACCCUCUAGUGAAGUUACCACAGCAACGAAGCAGCUUUCCACAGAAUCCAAACAUGAUGCAUCAUUGACACCAACUUUGAGCUCGAUCAUAAUGAUGGCUUCAACAACCUAUAAAACAACAACAACGACGAUGCCUUCAUCAACAACACCGUUAUGUGCUAACAACCAGCUGUACCAUAAUUCCGUGUGCAUUGGAGUUGAUGAACUAAUUCCUGUGAAUAUGACUUUGAAAAGUUCCGGAGGACAAAACUUUGAGGUGCACUGGACUGGAUCAAAAGUAGCAUCAGAAAUAAUCACCAAUUACGUGGUCAUCUGGUCCAAUGAUACGUCAUCGUACAACAUGACGUCACCGUGUAACAAGACCUGCGUUCAGGAAAUCACCAUCACUGUACCUGGCAGCGUUUGGAACGUCAGCGUCAUUCCGAUUAAGCCAGAUUUAGACGUGCCUGGUGCUAAUGUAAUCUUGAAGACUAACCCUGCUGCUGUAAGUGGUCUGACGGUGUCCGCCAGUGAGACGACGAUAUCCGCGCGGUGGAACUACACCCAGGGUACUUUAGUGGCCAACUUUCAUGUCAUCAUAUCUUCCGACAACUUUAACAUUAAGAUGACCAGCAAUGAAUACAGAGUCUCUAAAGACGGGCUGGAGCCAGGGAAAUGUUACAAGCUAGAAGUUACGGCAGUUAAUGAAGCAGGGGUCAGUGAGAGCAAAAAUAGCGAGAUCUGUACGGAGGAAUCAAUACCAACUUCUGUGAGAAACAUUUCAUACUCAAAUAUAACGUCUAAAAGCGUUCGGUUACAAUGGAAACCUCCAGAACCUCCAAACGGCGUUAUCACAAAAUAUUUGAUUAAAUACUGCCUCAGGUCCAAUGGCGUCAGCAAAAGCUGCAGGAAUAGAAGUACGUCAAGCAAUGAAACCACGUUCGAGGUCACAGGUCUCCGGCCACACCAGGAAUAUUCCUUCAGACUUCUGGCAUCAACCAGCAAAGGUUACGGAAAAUCAUGGAGUAAAGAACUUACUAAGAAAACGCGGGAAGACGUACCUGGAAAAGUGACCUCGGUUACAAUCGAACUCGUGAAACAGAAGGAGAUCCACAUAUCCUGGGGACCGCCCUCGAGGAGUAAUGGGAUAGUGCUCGGAUAUACAGUCAUGAUCAGCGCUGUCAAUGGUACGUUUAAACGGAUUUUUAGCGUAAACAACACGAAACCUUUGUUGGUGAACGUUAUACCAAACAGCCAAUACAGCAUUCAGGUGUUUGCUGAAACCAAAGCGGGAAAGGGCAAAGCUGAAACCUAUAACAUCUUGGUCCAGAAAAUCAGUAAGAAAAAAUUCAUAUUAGACAUUGUACAAAUUAAACAUGAGACAAAAGGGUCUUACUUUCAGUGUCAUGACGAGUUGAUUAAAGUAGAGGUCGCACGAGAGUUCACCUACAAAGACAUCACACCACCACGUGUCUUGUAG